AUGAGGAGUUUAGCUCCAAACACCUACCUGGAAGUUUUCAUUGAUCGACUCAUAUAUUUCUCUCCCUAUUGCUUUUUCUCUUUCUCUAUUGAAGAACUGCGGGAUGUGGUAUUUGUGAUACAGAGUCAGAGAAACUCAUAUCAUUCCCACAGGGCUGAACAAAGAAGAACAGAACUUCUACAUCAGGCUCAGACCAUAAUCCAGAGUUCACCAGAUAUUGUGCUCCUACACAAGCUGUCAGAUUAUGAUGGAAAAUGGAGCGUUCAUGAUACAAAAUGCACUCCACCUCUGGACUUCUGCCAAACAUCUUUGUGGAUUGUGUCUUUGGAGGAAGAGACCAUCGUGAACUUGCACAACCUUAUGCAGGUGAUGAGCAAAUUCAACACAAGACAGUGGUUUCUGGGCAGACCCCUUCAUGAUGAUGAGCCAACCAUUAUUCACCACUAUGCUUUAGAGGACCCCUACAGCUUCAGUUUCCCUGACUUCAUGGCUGGCUGGGCCCUCAGCUGCCCCCUGGCUAAGUGAACUGCAGAACUAAUAAAUUAUGAGCCGCCUAAAUCGGAUUUCACAAUUGACCUUCAACUUGAGAUUGCCCUCCACAUUUGGGAGGAAGGGAGGGGACCUGCUUUGACUGCGGUGAAGGAGUUUUGCUCAGAGCGGCACAACUCAUCCUCCACAGGAGACAACUGGCACUGUGCAAAAACAUUUGCUAUCCUGAGAAAGUUUGCGAAUGGGGCAAUAACACAAGCACCUUGCUUACUUAUAGUGGAUGACGACACAAUGAUCAGAAUUGAUAGCUGUCAUAAAUUGUUAUGCUAUUCAGUAUCUGAAUGGUCUUACAGGAUGGUUUUCAGUGGAGUUGUGGUGCUGAAUAUUUUGGCAGGUGGCUGCGGCUGGCACAGUUCCAAUGCCCCCGAUGACAUGGUGUUAGGGAUGUGUCUGACCACACUGGGGCUCCCGGUCACACACAGCCCACUUUUCCAUCAGGGCCGACCGGAUGAUUAUGUGAAAGAGCUUCUGGCUCGGCAGAGCCCAAUCUCCUUCCACAAACACUGGAACAUCAACCCUGUGGCUGUCUACCAGCUCUGGCUUAUAGAGCCUAAUCUGAGGAGACCACACUCGCUCCCAAAAACCACAGAGGAACUGUAGACGGAGCUUAUGGAGUGAGUGAGUGAGUGAGUGUGUGUGUUUAUUUGAAUCAUUUGAUAAUCUAGAAAACAUAAAAUCACAAUCCGAUUAAUUUCCAAAUAUUCUUGUUGAAUUCAAAAAUGAUGAAAACAAUUGAUUCAAAAUGAUGGUGGUGAUGCUGUUAUGAACAGAAGUUGUGGUUUUAGAUAAACUGGAUACAUUUUAGUGCAUUCUUCUAUGGUAUUAUGCAGAGAGUUUGAUUUGAUCAUCAAAAUUAAAGCAGCUUAAAACUUGUUUACUCUCUUCUUGACAGUUAAAUCUAUUUGUACAGCAAACAUGUAAAUCACUGUAUCUGUUCUAAAGA